AUGAAGCUUUACCGCCAGUUCAAUCGCUACUCAUGGUGUGCACUGUUGUUCCAGUUUUCAUUUGUUGCAGUCCUGUGCAAAGGCUUUCGCAGUUUUGGGUGUCCUUUAGAGGAGUAUCAAGCUCUGAUGGAGAUCAGAUCUUCCCUCCUUCGUGACCAUGGCACCUCCCCCCCUACAUGGGGAAGGGGAAGAGAUUGUUGCCUCUGGGAAGGAGUGAGAUGCAAUACUAGCACAGGACAAGUGUCUGAGCUCAUUCUGUCAAACCUCUCCGAAUACGGACCAGUGCCAAAUGGAACCCAUAUCCAUCAAUUUCAUGAAUGGCAAUUGAAUUUUAGCACUCUCUCCUCCUUUCAUGAGCUUCGGCAGCUUCACUUAUCUAGAAGUCGAAUUGUAGGCUCCUUGGAGCAUAUGGACUUCUCCAGAUUAAAGAUGUUAGAAAUUCUUGAUCUCCACUCUAAUGGUCUCACUGGAAAUAUUCCACUUUCCUUCAAAAAUCUAUCUUCACUUAGAGUUUUGAAAUUGGGAGACAACUUUCUAAGUGGCAGAUUUAAUGUGGAAGGCCUGCUUGGAUUGCGGAAGCUUCGAGUGCUUGAUCUUGGACUUAAUCAGCUCACAGGAGGGAUACCCAUAGCUCUGGGAAAUCUAACUUCCCUUAAUGUCCUAGGUUUGGAAAAUAAUCUUCUAUCUGGUUUGCUCCCUUCACAAGUGAUCAAUGGACUGCAGAAUCUGCAUGAGUUGCAGCUCCAGGAAAACCAGCUCAAUGGAAGUCUUCCUUUAUCUAUAGCAAAACUUGUUUCCCUUCAACAUCUUGACCUUUCUAAUAACUUAAUGGAAGGGAACAUUCGACCAUACAUCUUUGAAAAUCUUACCUCACUUGAGUAUCUAGACCUUUCUCACAACAAUUUUGAUGGGCAUGUCUCAUUCCUCUCUUUUGCCAACCUUUCAAAACUCGAAGCAGUUAUGCUUUCAAACAAUGAGCUAACUGUACAUCUUGAUGGUGGAAAGUUUGUUCCGUCCUUCCAACUGCGGCUUCUCAUGCUGUUAGGUUGCAAUCUUGACGCCAAUGCCUUAGCCACACCAUCCUUUCUUGCUUCUCAAUACAAUUUAGAAAUUCUCGAUCUUUCUCACAAUAAACUAAUCGGAAGCUUCCCCAACUGGCUGUUCAUAAAUCAAACUAAACUAAAGUACCUCAGCUUGAGAAAUAACUCACUGACAGGUGCACUUCAUUUGCUAAAUCAUCCCAGAGAAAGAAUGAUAGCAGUUGAUCUCUCCAUGAAUUUCCUUGUUGGAUCAAUACCAGAGAACAUUGGCAUGAUAUUUCUCCAAUUGAUGGCUCUGGAUUUAUCCUCAAAUCAUAUAAGUGGAAAUAUACCUUCUUCAUUAGGCAACCUAAGUCAGUUGCAAUUCUUGGAUCUAUCAAGUAAUAAUUUGUCUGGUGAAGUGCCCACUCUGCUGAUGACCAAUACUACUCAAUUGUCUGUCUUGAAGCUCACCAACAACAAUUUAGAUGGCAAAAUUUUUGGAACAUUGCCAGGUGACUUAUCAAACUAUCCACAGUUAGCUAUAGUAGUAGAUGUUCAUGACAACCAACUGUCAGGAAUGAUUCCACAGAUCGGUGGGCUUGCGUCUAGUCUGAAUACACUUAACCUAAGAGGAAACAACUUCCAUGGCCAAAUUCCUCAUGAUUUAUGCAAUCUAACAGUGCUUAGUGUGUUGGACAUCUCCGAUAACAACUUAUCUGGAUUGUUGCCCGAUUGUUGGGGAGACUCCUUGUCAUACUUGGUGUAUCUCAACUUGGCUGGGAAUGCUUUUACAGGAACAAUUCCAAAUAUAUUUUUCAAUAUUACAGAACUUACAACAUUGGAUGCCAGAGAUAAUCGCCUCUCGGGUCAACUACCGAACCUGAUAGGAGAUGGAAUGCUUUUGGAGAUUCUUGUUCUGCGAGGCAAUCUGUUAGAAGGCCCAAUGCCUAUUGAGUUUUGCAAGCUGCGAUCCUUGCACCUGCUAGACCUUUCACAAAAUAACCUUUCUGGAUCAAUUCCAUCAUGCCUUAGCAAAAUGCAGUUCAAGAAUAUGGAGUUUGAUUACACAUCCAGGCUUGUAGACAUGGGGCUCUUUGGCCACUCCAUCUAUACGGUUUCAGUUUCCACCUCUUUGAAUACAUCUAUAGAUCUCUUCAUUGAUUCUGAUGAGCAAAUAACAGUAGCAUUCAACACCAAAGGCAACUCGUAUGCCUACUUGAGAGAUCAAUUUUCUUUGUUGAGUGGAAUUGAUUUGUCGGCAAAUAAAUUUACAGGAACAAUCCCGCCCGAACUUGGAAAUCUUUAUGGAAUCAUAUCGCUGAAUCUAUCCUUUAAUCAGCUUACAGGUCCUCUUCCUGAAACUUUCUCCAACCUUAAUCAGAUUGAGACCCUAGAUUUGUCUCAUAACCAUCUGAGUGGUGUGAUACCCUGGCAAUUGACUCAACUAAAGUUCUUGGAGGUCUUCUCCGUUGCUUAUAAUAACUUAUCCGGAUGUACACCGGAUUUCAAAGACCAAUUUGCCACAUUUACUGUAAGUAGCUAUGAGGGUAACACUGGAUUACAUGGGCCGCCACUGGAGAAGACCUGCACCUCUGACUCAAGUCCAACUGUGCCGCCUAAAGUAGAAGAAAACCAAGAUGAUAGCAGUGUGGUGGAUGAUGUCAUCUUCUUUGCAAUACUUGCAGUUUCAUUUGUGACCGGCUUCUGGGGUUGUGUUGGCUUUUUGUUAUGUCAUCACCCUGGGCAGCACAUUCGCAGCAUAUUGGAUGGUUAUGUGGACUCCUUGACUGAAAGGAUUUUAGUGGCAGCACAUAGGCAGACUCGCCAAUGGAGGAAUCGUAAGUGA